CUCGACUCCCGCGGAUGCCAUGGUCCGCUACCGCAUCCGCGUGUCCACCGGGGCCUGGCUCUUCUCCAGGUCGUUCAACCGCGUGCAGCUGUGGCUGGUCGGGGAGUGCGGGGAGGCAGAGCUGGAGCUGCAGCUGUGUCCCGCACGCGGCGAGGAGGAGUUUGAUCACGACGUCCCCGAGGACUUGGGGCCACUGCAGUUCGUCAAGUUGCGCAAACACCGCUGGCUGCUGGACGACGCGUGGUUCUGCGACCGCAUCACCGUGCAGGGCCCGGGCGCCUGCGCGGAGGCGGCCUUCCCGUGCUACCGCUGGGUGCAGGGCGAGGAUGUCCUGAGCCUGCCAGAAGGCACCGCCUGCCUAGUAGGAAGCAAUCCCUUGGAUGUGUUCCAGAAGCACCGGGAGAAGGAACUGAAGGAAAGACAGCAAAUCUACUGCUGGGCCACCUGGAAGGAAGGGUUACCCUUGACAAUAGCUGCUAACUGUGAGGAUGACCUACCUCCAAAUAUGAGAUUCCAUGAGGAGAAGAGGCUGGACUUCGAAUGGACCCUGAAGGCAGGGGCUUUGGAAAUCGUCCUCAAACGAGUUUACACCCUUCUGAGCUCCUGGGAUCGCCUGGAAGACUUCGAUCAGAUCUUCUGGAGCCAGAGCACCCUGGCUGAGAAGGUUCACCAGUGCUGGCAGGAUGAUGAGUUUUUUGGCUACCAAUUCCUCAAUGGCACCAACCCCAUGACGUUGAGACGCUCCACCUCUCUGCCCUCCAGGCUAGUGUUGCCCUCGGGGAUGGAGGAGCUUCAGGCCCAGUUGGAGAAAGAACUCCAGAAUGGUUCUCUGUUUGAAGCUGACUUCAUCCUGCUCGAUGGAAUUCCAGCCAAUGUGAUCCAAGGAGAGCAGCAGUACCUGGCUGCUCCUCUUGUCAUGCUGAAGAUGGAACCCAACGGGAAGCUGCUACCCAUGGUCAUCCAGAUUCAGCCUCCCAAUCCCAGCUCACCCAUACCACCACUGUUCCUGCCCUCGGAUCCUCCAUUUGCCUGGCUCCUGGCCAAGAUCUGGGUCCGAAAUUCAGAUUUCCAACUGCACCAGCUCCAGUAUCAUUUGAUGAACACUCAUCUGGUGGCUGAGGUCAUCGCUGUCGCCACCAUGAGGUGCCUCCCAGGACUGCACCCUGUCUUCAAGCUCCUGAUCCCCCAUAUCCGCUACACCAUGGAAAUCAACAUCCGGGCCCGAACCCGGCUCAUCUCAGAUGGAGGAAUAUUUGAUAAGGCAGUGGGCACAGGCGGAGGGGGCCAUGUGGACCUGCUCCGUCGCGCUGUGGCCCAGCUGACCUACCGCUCCCUCUGUCCUCCUCACGACCUGGCUGACCGGGGCCUGCUGGGAAUCCCGAGUGCUCUCUAUGCCCACGAUGCUUUACGGCUCUGGGAGAUCACCGCCCGGUAUGUGGAGGGGAUCAUCCACCUCUUCUACCAAACAGAUGACGUCGUGAGGGGGGACCCUGAGCUGCAGGCCUGGUGUCGGGAGAUCACAGAGGUGGGGCUGUGCCAGGCCCAGGACCGAGGUUUCCCUAUCUCUCUCCAGUCCCGGGCUCAACUCUGCCAUUUCCUUACCAUGUGUGUCUUCACGUGCACUGCCCAGCAUGGAGCCAUCAACCAGGGCCAGCUGGACUGGUAUGCCUGGGUCCCUAAUGCCCCGUGCACAAUGCGGAUGCCCCCACCCACCACCAAAGAAGAUGUGACAGUGGCCACAGUGAUGAGGUCACUACCUGAUGUCCAGAAGGGCUGUCUUCAAAUGGCCAUCACGUGGCAUCUGGGUCGGCGCCAGCCAGACAUGGUACCUUUGGGACAUCACAAAGAAAAAUAUUUCUCUAGUCUCAAGGCCAAUGCUGUGCUAAACCAAUUCCAAACAGAUUUGGAAAACUUGGAAAGGGAGCUAACAGCACGGAAUGAGCAGCUUGACCUGCCCUAUGAAUACCUGAAGCCCAGUCGCAUAGAGAACAGUGUCACUAUCUGAGCCCUGGGGUACCCCCACCUAGAAGACUUCAGAUAAGCUGUAGGACUGACAUUUUCAUCUUGGAUUUCAUGUUUUUCUAAGUUUCUGCUACAGAGGCUCAAGUUCCUCCCUCCAGUUAAACCCACUACAUCAGUAUCACACUAGCCCAGGAGGCAACGACCUUGUCCAUAAAGAGCCAGGUAAUAGUUUAGGCUUUGUAGUUCCUCCAGGAGACCUUUUCCCCUGAGUCCAGGAUAAGGCCGGUUCUUCGCAAUCUCUCUACAAUUACUCAAUUCUUCCGCUAUCGCAAGAAGGCAGCUAUAGACAAUGUGGAAAUGAAGGUGACUAUGUUCCAAUAAAAUUGAUUUAUAAACACUGAGGUAUGAAUGCCACGUGU